UAUGCCUUGCCCCCUCCUCCGACUUAACCGUUUUUUCAAUCUUCUCCCUGCCUGUGAUCUGUUCCUUCUUUCUUCUCUCUUCUGCAAGCGAAACCGCACGAAACCCACACGUCCGACGUUUUCUUGCCCUAAUCAAUCAAUCAAUCGGUCAAUCUCUUCGACUUUUGACGAAACCCUCUUGGAUUGUCUGCGAUUCUGACGAGAUCGGAGAAUUGUACAUCAGCGACGUCGCCGGAGAUGGUGCUGAGCCCGACUAUGGUGACCGAAGCGGAGGUCAGCGUGCAGUACAGGCUAUGCGUGGCUAAGGAGCCCGCAGUCGUCCACCAGAUCGAGGUCGCCUCCUCCCCGAUCCUUGGCGAAGUCCGUGUCGCUGACUCUGUUAUAACCGAAUUCACGCGCUUUGACUCGGGUUUGAGCUGCUCAGAGAAUGUGAAGGAUGCUGCCAUGGACUCUCCUAAAAGCAAGUACCUACCCUGCAUUCGAUCUGGUAGUUAUGCUGACAUCGGCUCUCGUAUGUCUAUGGAAGAUGAGCACAUCAGGAUAGAUGAUCUAUCAGCCCGCCUGGGCUCCUCCAACUGUUGCUCACCGAGUGCCUUCUAUGCGGUUUUUGAUGGCCAUGGAGGCCCUGAAGCUGCCAUGUACAUUAAAAGGAAUGCAAUGAAGCUAUUCUUCGAUGAUGCCCUCAUACCAGAAGCAUUAGAGAUCGAUGAUUCGUUCCUAAAACAGCUUGAGAACUCUCACCGAGAAGCGUUUCUUCAGGCAGACCUUGCCUUAGCGACUGAACCCACUGUUAGCAGUUCUUGUGGAACUACAGCUCUCACGGCAGUAGUCCUUGGGAGACAUCUAUUGGUUGCAAAUGCUGGUGACUGUAGAGCUGUCCUGUGCAAAAGGGGAACGGCAGUUGAAAUGUCCCAAGAUCACAGGCCUUCUUACUUGCCCGAGCGAAUGCGAGUAGAGGGGUUGGGUGGUUAUAUCCUUGAUGGGUAUCUGAAUGGCUAUCUAUCUGUAACCCGAGCCCUUGGAGACUGGGAUAUGAAGCUCCCUCUAGGCUCUGAUUCUCCUCUCAUCGCUGAGCCUGAUAUUCGACGGGCUAUUUUGACCGAGGAGGACGAGUUCUUGAUAAUUGCCUGCGAUGGGAUAUGGGAUGUGAUGUCUAGUCAGUAUGCAGUCUCUCUCGUCCGGCAGGGCCUCAAGAGGCACAAUGACCCGCAGCAGUGCGCCAGAGAGCUUGUGAUGGACGCCUUGCGACUCAAUACUUCCGAUAAUCUCUCAGUGAUUGUUGUGUGCUUCUCUUCCCCUGAGCCAUUCCCGCCUCAGAGACGGAGGCUGAGGUGUUGCAAUCUAUCCGAGGACGCUAGAAACAGGCUGAGAAGCUUGCUCGGAGGCAACUGAAUGUAAAUAGAUGGAGAUGCCUGAUUAUUAGUAGCGCAUUUUUCGCGUAGAGAAAUUACUGGAAUAAUAUCCGUUUGCAGCUGGUUCAGGUAUAGACUAGAGAAAAAGCGGCUCGGCAGUUUUGUAGUAGUGAUGCGAUUGUCCGUGUACUUACAAUACAAUAUGAGAUUAUUUCGCAUUGGAUCUAUUGUUUGAUGCGCCAUGUUCCCUUCCUACUUCUGGGACCAUGACGAGCUCUUUAUGCAUCUGUUCAAAGUUAUGAUUUCUUA